AUAUCCGGUUUUGCAGAAGAAAACAGAAGGCAGCUAACCAAGCUAAUCAGAAACAGCAAUUAGAAGCUUAUCAACACAGGGCAAUCUAACGGUGCAUUGUAAACCAUUCAGAAACACUGUUAUUUUAAAGUACAGUUCGCCCUUUGAUUAAGUACAAACUGUCAUUUAGACCACAUGUUGAAAGGACCAAUUGACAUCGGUCAGCAGUUCAAGCAAGGUUUGGGCAGAAACUGGAAGCGACGGGCUUCACUGCUCAUACGAAGGAGAGAGCAAUUAGUAACGUUAGCUGUAACACUGAACAAAUAAUUAGCUAUUGGGUUAUAUCAGGAGUCUACGAUAGACGUAUUGUAAAUAACCGGAAUCCCUUGUGAGUGUUAGAAACGCCUUUCGAGAAAUACUCCCCACUUGAGUCGGAACAGAUCAACGUUCGUAUAGAGGAUGAACCACUUGUCCCUCAGCGAGCUCUGCUGCCUGUUCUGCUGCCCGCCAUGCCCAGGCAAGAUCGCCUCCAAGCUGGCCUUCCUGCCGCCAGAGCCCACCUACUCGCUGAUGUGCGACGAGAGCGGCAGCCGCUGGACGCUGCACCUGAGCGAACGCGCAGACUGGCAGUACUCGGCGCGCGAGAAGGACGCCAUCGAGUGCUUCAUGACGCGCACGACGCGCGGCAACCGCAUCGCCUGCAUGUUCGUGCGCUGCUCGCCGAGUGCCCGCUACACGCUGCUGUUCUCCCACGGCAACGCCGUUGACCUGGGUCAGAUGAGCAGCUUCUACAUCGGCCUGGGCUCGCGCAUCAACUGCAACGUCUUCUCCUACGACUACUCGGGCUACGGCGCCAGCUCGGGCAAGCCGUCCGAGAAGAACCUGUAUGCCGACGUUGAUGCCGCCUGGCAUGCGCUUCGAACAAGGUACGGUAUCCGACCGGAGAAUGUCAUCGUGUACGGCCAGAGCAUCGGCACGGUGCCAUCAGUGGACCUGGCGUCGCGGUACGAGAGCGCGGCCGUCGUGCUCCACUCCCCUCUCACCUCUGGCAUGCGUGUGGCCUUCCCCGACACCAAGAAGACCUACUGCUUCGACGCCUUCCCCAACAUUGACAAGAUCUCCAAAGUGACCUCACCAGUCCUGGUGAUCCACGGUACGGAGGACGAGGUGAUCGACUUCUCCCACGGCCUGGCCCUGUAUGAGCGCUGCCAGCGGCCGGUGGAGCCCCUUUGGGUAGAAGGUGCCGGCCACAACGACGUGGAGCUUUACGGACAGUACCUGGAGCGCUUGAAACAGUUUGUGGCCCACGAGCUGGUUAACUUGUAGAAGGACUCCCUGACGCAGCACCCUGUGGGCUCAACUCAAGCAACUGUGAACUUCAGAAUGCAUUUAUCUUUAGUUUUUUCCUUUUGAAGUUGUAUUUUUUUUUUUAUUAUGAUUUUUAUCUUUAUCUUUUCUAUCAUUGUAUGUUGCAAUGCACAGUGGUUUUUUGGAGACAACGUGUCAUCCAAGAUGUCUGUCGUGUUUUUUUAUUUUUUUUGUUUAUUUGUUUUUUGCAAGUGGCCUUCUUGCUGCCUUUUCAGAGGGCUCGGUGAUCCACGGUAAGGACCCCUUGACCUCAUCUCGGGAUGGCAUGUGCAGGUCGACUACGCUGGAACUAGCACCAGUCAGUAUCCUGUGGUCCCACUGAUGGUAGAACCGGAAACCAUUCAAUCCCAGUCGCGGGUUCUUCUUGCAGUUCUGUUUUGUUCUUCUUAGAUGCUUUUUUUGUGUUCUAAAUGACUAAGUACUGUACGGAAGUUAAAACAAAACAAAAAAAACAUAUUCAAUUGCUGUGCCAGUGUUGCCAAAUCCUCUGCAUAUCAAAGCCCUGAUAUGUGAAUAGAAUUGUCUCACUUUGUACGGACAUGUUUAUAGGCCAUCUAGAAAUCUUUUUUUCUUUCUCCUAAAAUGUUCCACCACUAGAUGACUGUCAUGUCUUAGACUGUUUGAGAAAUGCUGGAUAUUAAAACCAACAGCUAUUCCAUGUUAUGCAAUCGUACAUCCUGCCCAUUCGGUGAACGCCUACGGACACCAAGAGUAGAAGUGUACAGAACGCGGUCCAAGUGUGGCUACUCCAGAAGCCUUGUCGGGCUUCUCACACACGACGACAGAUAUCACAUCAUGUGCCGACACUAAAAUACCUUUGUAGAAAAGCAAAUGUGAGCGUGGAGGUUCAAAGUGUAGCGUGUAACCCCUUCCCCUCCCCCCACCCCGUUUUGCACAUUUGUCUGUAACGUCAUUACAGCUUGUCUGUUUUAGACAGCGAUGAUGCUGUACACCUGUACCUUUUUGUUAAAAAAAUCACUUGACAUCAAAGCAUUGUUGCGUUGUCUUUUGCCAAUGUCACUGUCUAUAAAGUAUAUGUCGACAUCGUAUCGUUAAUAGAUGGGUAGCAAGUAUUCCAGUGAUGAGGUGGUGUGUGGGGGAUUUCAGAGUGAAAUGUUGAUGUUUAAAAGCCUCAUAAAAAUAUUACUUUCUUGACAUAAACUUGACAUGAAAUUACUUGUCAUCCAAUUCCAUUUUGCAAGUAAUGUGAUUUUUUUUUUUAAACGAUUAUUUGAUUAUUUCUUCCUUAACUGUAUUAUCAAAUAGUAAUAAUGAUAAUAGCAGUUGUUAUUACUGUUUAUCAUCCUCAUUAUUAUUGUUACUAAUAUAGCUAUUAAUUGAUUAUUCAGUGACAUAUAUAUUUGGACUAAUCAGGUUGAACUACACACUUCAAACUUUCAUUCUGUGUAUUUUCAUUUUUUGUAAGAUGCAUUUCUUUAUUGAAGGAACUUGUAAUAAUAAUGGCUAUAGUCUCUACAGAAGGUUACCGGAAAAUAAAAAAAUUUACUUGAAAGAAAA